AUGGCGGCCCAGCCAGCCAAAUCCAUUCCCCUGGGUGCAAACCGACUCUCCCAAGAGCCUCCCGCUUUCCGCUGGACCCUGAGCUCCAGGAAUUAUGUGAAGAGUCAGGAAUGGAAACCAAAUGUUGGUGUCAGGCACUGGUGCCAUCACACAGUGACGCGGACGGUGUCCUGCCAGGUGCAGAACGGCUCGGAGACCGUGGUCCAGCGCGUGUACCAGAGCUGUCGGUGGCCCGGGCCCUGCGCUAACCUCGUGAGGACUCUCAUCAGACCCACAUACAGGGUGUCCUACCGCACGGUGACGGCGCUGGAGUGGAGGUGCUGCCCUGGCUUCACCGGGAGCAACUGUGAUGAGGAAUGCAUGAACUGCUCCCGGCUCAUGGACAUGAGCGAGCGGCUGACCACGCUGGAGGCCAAGGUCCACCUGUUAGAAGCAGCCGAGCAACCCUCAGGCCCUGACAACGACCUGCCAGCACCCCAGAGCACACCGCCACCUUGGAACGAGGACUUCCUCCCUGAUGCCAUCCCCCUGGCCCAUCCAGGACCCCGGAGGAGGAGGCCCACAGGGCCGGCUGGGCCCCCCGGGCAGACUGGACCACCAGGACCUGCAGGGCCACCAGGCUCCAAAGGGGACCGGGGCCAGAUGGGAGAGAAGGGCCCAGUGGGGCCUCCGGGGCUCCUGGGGCCACCAGGGCCCCGUGGGCUUCCUGGAGAGAUGGGGCGCCCCGGCCCCCCAGGACCCCCCGGCCCAGCAGGCAGCCCAGGCCUCUCACGAAACGACCCCCAAGGCGUCCUCUACUCCCUGCAGCCACCCACGGACAAGGACAAUGGGGACUCCCAGCUGGGACCUGCCGUUGUGGACACGGUGCUCGCAGGUGUCCCCGGGCCUCGGGGCCCGCCUGGCCCACCCGGUCCCCCAGGACCACACGGUCCCCCAGGACCUCCAGGAGUCCCUGGAUCCCAGAGCGAGCCUGGCGUGAUCUCAGAAGAAGGGGACAAAGCCACCACCGCAGAGGGAGAGGGGGUGCAGCAGCUGCGAGAGGCCCUGAAGAUCCUGGCGGAGAGAGUCCUCAUCCUGGAGCACAUGAUUGGCAUCCACGAUCCCCUGGCCUCCCCCGAGGGGGGCUCUGGCCAGGACGCUGCCCUGAGAGCCAACCUCAAGAUGAAGCGGGGUGGCCCCCAACCUGACGGUGUCCUGGCUGCCCUGGCUGCCCUGCUGGGUCCCGAGUCUGCGCAGAAGAGCGCUGGCCAGGCCAGCAGCGGGAAGUGAGGGCCAGCUCUCCAGGACAAGCCAGCCCUGGCAGAAGACCCUGCCACUGGGCCUGGAGGAGGCCCAGCCUCAGACUGGACGAUUGUGAAGGACACUGGCUCCCGGCCCUGGGGCGUCUUUGGGGGGCAGCUGGAACCUCCAGCACAGGGUUCUACAGGGACUGGCACCUUUGGCAGAGCCUUUCCCUUACCCUCUCCAGCCCCUGAUGGAGACAGUCGGGGCGAGCUGGGUGUCAGCUGAGAAUAACCAUAGUCCUCGUCAUUUACUGAGUUCCCGCUGUGUCUGGGCCUGUCUAGGGAGUUUUCCUUAUGUUGUUUCAUUUAACCUGUAGGAGGUAGGCUUGUUCUCCCCACUUGAUGCGGGGACUGGGGUGCAGAGGGCAUAGAUAACCCACCAAGGCCCCAGGGUCAUGGAUGCCCACGCAGGAUUUGAACUCUGGUCUCUUGGGUCCUGAAUCCCUGUCUCCUGAGCACCACCAGUUUCUUCCCCUUCACGAGGAAGCAGAGGGAAGGGUGCAGGCGGGACCGUGGGAGGUGGGGUUGGCCUGGCAUGGAGCCCACAGAGCCCUGGGCCUCCCUUGGGCUCCUCAGGCUGCAGAGGGGCUGGCCUGAAGCUGCUCUCUGAGCCCAGGGAGACCUGAAUAUACCACCGACUGUCACGUGGACUUGGGGACCAUGAGGUGGACAUGUGAAGGCCUCUGAACCUGCCCGACACUGCCCACCUCUCCCUCCCAGUCUCUCUGAGCCCAUCCACACCCCUACCAAGCAUCUCCACCCACCGAGGCAGGAGGGCACAUUUAACAGGGCUGCCACUGGCAGGGGCAGAGCCCCUCCUCCCAGUCUGUAUGGGAAACCUCUAGGGUCUGCCGCUUCCGGGGGACACAGCACACCGGAGAGUGGGGAGCUGCCCGGGUCCCAGGCCUGCCUGGGGACGAUGUCCCCACCCCUGAGAGCUGGGGUCCUGGCAGGAUCCAGGGCAGAGGCCAGCAACGUCCAGGUGGCCCAGAGCAGCUCAGACCGCAGCCCUCGAAGGCUCUCAGUCUCCAGGUCCCAUUUAUCUGCCCAGUCCCCAUGUUCCUCUCUCACUGGACCAGGAACCAGGACUCAGUGACCCUGGAAACUGAGACUAGAAGGUGCUCUCACUACCUGGUGGCUGUCUCCCCACGUAGUAGGAGUGGCCCAGAUGUCCCUCCUGAGGCAGGUCCACUCGUCCUCGUGGAGGGACACUUGAGGCCGUGACACUGUUCAUGUAUCUGACAAUAAAGGUGCUCUCCCUCCCCACUGUGUCUCUUUAUGGGAGGCCAGGCUGCAUCCUGCUGACCCAAUGCCCAGGAGCUCUGAGCAGCUCCUGCAAGGCUGGGGUGACCACAAGGCCUUGGAGGCAGGUGGCCCAAGGUGGAGGCUGGGAGGCCAAGUGGACCCUGCAGAGGCUGUGCCUGCCCCUAACAGAGCUGUCUCUGAGGCCUUGGUGGUGGUGGGGGGACAGCUGGGGGAACCCUAGGCUCUGGGUAGAGAGACCCCUACCCUGCCAUAAGUUCCCCUUUCUGGGACCCCAGGGAAGCCUGGGGGACAGGGAUGAGCCCAGGGUGGCUGAUGAGUCACACUGGGCCUUUGUGUGAAUAGAAUGCUUGCUGUGUGCCCGGGCCUUCUCCAAACCCAAGCCCAGCCAGUCCUGGAGCUCAAAAGCCAGUAGAAAAGAUGGACCUUAGACCAACCACACAGCUGAUGGUGUGGAGGAAGGGGACUCUGGGCCACUCCAAAGCCAGGACCAGGGACUGAAGUAGGGGAAAGAGAGAGGGAGAGACAGAGACAGAUUGCCUAGGGCUUCUUCCUGCCUUUGUUUGCUUAUAAUGUCACAGGGACCUGGCGACUGCUGGCCAGGGACUCCUGCCAUGGGGACCUAGCCUGGCAGGCCUGGCUCCCUCAGCCAUUGGGAGACCCAGGGUGAGGCAGGUGUCUGAAGCCAAACCUUGGCAAGGACAGCCAGGCAGGGAAAGUGAUGUGUUCUGCUAUAGU